AUGCCAGUUUUCGAAGGGUACGAGUAUCCUAUAGACCAAAUACAGCCAUUAUUUGAUUUAUUAAAAUCAUGGAAUUUGGAGUGUCUAUCUAAAACCGUACUUGAUCAAAUGGUUGACAUGAACAUACUGGCCAUUAUGAAAAGAGAUCAUGCUAACGAAAUGGUUAAAACAUUUCCAAUUGGAAUUAAAGUUCGUUUUACCCACGAACUUGAAAAUUGGCAAAAGUCGCUUGAUCAGCAGCAUGUUAAUGCUUGUUUUUCACAAACAACUAACCACAAUGAAAUUACAAAUAAAACAUCAACUUUAAAAUCCCUUCAACCAUCAUCACCUUUACAAUUAUCUUCUAUAGAUGUGACUUUUGAUUUGGGAGACAUAUUAAAGUCAACAGCUACUGGAAUGAUGAUAAUUGAUUAUUAUAAAACUCAUGAAAAAUAG